AGUCGGUCUUGCUCAAGGUGGGUGCAUUUCCUAUAUACACUUCCUACACUUCUGGCGCUUCGGCACGUUCUGCAUACGCUUUCUUCACGCCCGGUAUCCGUCCCCAUGGCGAGCCGCGUGGCGCUGCCAGUGGUGCUGCCAUCGAUCUGCUCUGCCAUUUCCUUCGUGCACACCGCGUCACUGCGCGACAGAGGCUACGUGCAGACGGAUGCCAACUUCCUGGCCGCGAUUGACGCCAACGCGGAGCAGGAGCUCAGGCCGGCCGUCGAGGUGGACUGCCAGGAGGCGGCGGAGGGUUCCGCGUGCCACUCCGCAGUGGCUUGGCUCCGCAAGGAAGGUCUGGCGACCCACCCCGAGUGGUACCCAGGCUACUCCAGCACGUCCACCUUCGAGGAGGUGCAAGACAUGCUCCACGGCCUCGGCAAGGCGCAGUGCCCGAGGCCCUGCUUCGCGAAGGUGCCAGCCGCCCUGAUACAGACCUCGGCCAGAUUCGACUGCCACGACGCGGUCGAGGGUGACUGGUGCUACCAUUCAAUCACCUGGCUCAGGGAAAAGGGCCUUCAACGUCACCCUGACUGGUACCCUACCCUCCAGACCAACUCCAACAACUCUUGGAUCCAGGCGGAGCUGCACCGCAAGGGCAAGUCCGACUGCCCGUGGCCCUGUGGACUCACCAGGGAGGAUGCCGCUGAGGAGGACCAGACGAUCCCCACGGAGUCUAUCGAGUCUAUCCUGGAGCCCGAGCACAGCGCAGAUCAGACCACGCAGGGCGAGCAGCCCGAGGAGGACUGCAGGACCGCGCAGCCAGAGACGAGGUGCUACACCGCGGUGACCUUUGCCCUCGCCGGCGGGAUCAAGGCGCACCCCGACGUCUUCAAGGGCCUGGCGGAGGACGCCGACUUCAAGAGGGUGCAGGAGUACUUCUACCUCCAGAGCAGGCACGGCUGCGAGCGGCCGUGCUCGGAGAAGCGCAUCGACCCGUCAAAGUUCUUCCAGGCGGCCUCCCACGCCGACACCCUGCGCGAGAAGAAGAGGCUCGAGGACAUGAGCACGGAGGAGCUGUCCAUGUACCUCGACGGCAAGUGGGACGGCUACGUCAAGAAGGAGUACAAGGUCUCCUUCAGCGGCGAGGCCACCUCGACGUUCCAGAAGCGCAGCAGCCUCGAUGAGCAGCAGUUCCCGACGACCACCCCCUUUGGCGCCGAGGAGAAGGAGGCCCUGCCGCUGAUCAACCCAGAGGCGGCCGCCAUGACGUCGGCGGAGGCCGACAGCUACAUGGAGGAGGCCCUCGCCCGCAGGCUCCUCGAGGAGAAGACGCGGGAGGAGAAGCGCAAGCGCGAGGAGGAGGAGGCGGCCGCCGCGGCGGCCGCGGCUGCGGCGUGGGCGGCCGCCCGGGAGAAGAAGAGCGUCGAGGACAUGAGCAGCGAGGAGAUGGAAGGGUACCUCAACGGUACCGGAAGCGUGCAGCCAGCGCUCCCGGCGCUGGGGGUCGUCUCCGCGGAGAGGGCCACCGCUAGCGGCGGCGAGGGCGUGGAGGCGCAGUCCCUGCAGGAGGCGGCCAACGUCGCCGCGGCCGAGGAGGCGGCCAACGCCUCCGCGGCCGAGGAGGCGGCCAACGCCUCCGCGUCCGAGGAGGCGGCCAACGCCUCCGCGUCCGAGGAGGCGGCCAACGGCACGGAGGAGCUCGAGGCACUCCCGGCGCUCGCGCUGGAGAGCGCCUCCACCGUCGAGGUGUCGGAGGAGGCUGGUGUUGGGGACGAUCCCAUGCCGUUGGUCGACGCCGAGGGCUCUCUUGUGACUGGCGCCGAGGAGUCGGAAGCUGAGGCGGAUCCCCCUGCGAGGAUGGAGCUGGAGCAGCAGCCCGAGGCGGAGCCCCGCGCGGCGGCCGGCGAGGAGGAGCGCGAGGCGGAGGCGGAGCAGCAGCCUCGCGCGGAGACGCCCGAGGAGAUGGAGCGCAGGAGAUCCGGGCAGAUCUCAUGGAGAAGAACGAGAAGGCGCUCAAGGUGAGCGAGGAGUGAAAUGUGGGCGAGGAUCAGGGCGGAGGUCAUGGCCGAUCUGGCGAAUGACAAGGGGCAGUGAGAGGUGCCCCGCGAGCCUCGCCUAAAAGGGGCAGCGGCGGGAACCGCACAGAUAGUGGAGUGGCGUGCGCAUAACCGCAACCAGCGAUUUUACAGAGCCGGGGAGGAUGGGGAAAGGUGAAGAGCGCUCUGUCAUUCCUGAACUUGGGAGCGCGCUGUCGUGCCGCACAGGUAUAGCUCUCCCCCCUCUCCGCCCCGUUUGAUCUGUCCAGGCUGGGCUACCUUUUGACGGAAGCGCGCCCAACAUGAAAAGUCGUGCAGAGGCUGUUCUCGUUGAUCUGUCCGCCGCCAUUUCGAGAA